GUCAAAAGAUGGCAAGCAAUAUACUGACUACAGCCCGUGUGGGACUCCGACCUCCAAGCGCCGGAAAUCUUAUAACCAUCCUCAGCAUCGAUGGUGGAGGUGUAAGAGGUAUCAUUCCGGGUGUCAUUCUUAGUUACCUUGAGUCACAACUUCAGGAGUUAGACAGUGAGGAUGCAAGGUUAGCUGAUUACUUUGAUGUCAUUGCUGGAACAAGCACCGGUGGUUUACUAACAACCAUGCUAACGGCUCCAGACCAAAACAACAAACCUUUGUAUGCUGCAAAAGACAUCGUUCCAUUUUUUCUUGAAAAUUGUCCGAAGAUUUUCCCACAAAUUGGAGGGCCGUUUGCAGAGAUUAUAAAGCAGUCAAAGGCACUGAUAGGACCACAAUACGACGGGGAAUAUCUUAAAGACCUUGUAACGGGCAUACUAGGAACUACAAGGUUAAAUCAAACAUUGACUAACGUUGUCAUUCCUACUUUUGACAUAAAGACUAUGCAGCCUGUGAUCUUUAGCUCAUUUCAGGUGGCAAGUGAGCCUAGCAAGGAUGCGCAAUUAUCGGACAUUUGCAUGGGUACAUCAGCUGCACCUACAUAUCUCCCCGCAUAUUAUUUUCAAAACGGUGAUGAAGAGUUUAACCUUAUUGAUGGUGGCAUUGCGGCUAAUAACCCGUCUUUGGUUGCGACUGGGGAAGUGACAAGACAAGUCAUCAAAGAAAAUCCAGAUUUCGCUCAAAUUCCACCACUGGAUUACGCGAGAUAUCUCGUGAUAUCGUUAGGGACAGGCACACAAAAGCAACAAUCUCCAUAUGAUGCGAAAAUGGCUGCAAAAUGGGGUGUGCUCGGGUGGUUAGUCAAUAACAAUUCAACCCCACUGAUAGAAUCUUUCCUUCAAGCGAGUGCCGAUUUGGUUGUUUUUCAUAACAACAUUGUAUUUGAAGCCCUCAGUUCGGUUGAUAAUUAUCUUCGCAUUCAGGAUGAUACAUUGACUGGAGACUUGAGUUCAGUAGAUAUAGCGACAACAGAAAAUUUGAACAAUUUGGUUGAUGUUGGUGAAAGAUUAUUAGAUAAACCCGUUACGCGAGUGGAUACUAAUACCGGGAUAGUUGAACCGGUAGUGGGUGGUGGUACAAACCGAGAUGCACUAAAAAGGUUGGCGCAACAACUCUCGGAUGAAAGGAAAUUGAGGGAGUUAAACUAUAAGGGAGGGGAAGUGCUUUAGUAAAUUUUAAUUUUUAGUUUAUAUACUUAUUCAAAUUUGAGGAGCAUGUAAUAAAUAUUUGUUUAAUUAAAUAAA